GGGAACGCUGUGCUCGGCCUGUGUGAUGGACUACAGGAGCGUAGGCGACCUCUCCGGCCCCCAGGCGGACAAAGGUCAAUCCUACGUCACCGUCAUCCCGGUGGAGUACGCGCGCAGGAUGCCUGCUGGCCACGCCUACCUGGAGGACCGCUACUCCAGGGAGUACAUGCGCGACCGGCUGCCACCCGAGUACCUGGUGCGCGAGUACAAGAAGGUGUCGCGCUACGAGGAGAUGCGCUACUACGGCGGCGGCGGGGCCGGUGCGCAGCUGGGCUCGGCGCGCCCGCCGCCGCCGCCGCUCUCCAGCUACGAGCUGGGCGGCCUGGGCGGCCGGCGCCGCUUCGAGCAGCUCGACCCGCGUGUCCAGUGCUACCCGCUGUCGAGCACGCUGGGCCGGCGCAAGCCGAGUGAGCACAAGGUACGCGACCCGCUGGACGUGCAUGACGUGCAGCUGAGCCACUACAAGGCGCACCAGCACCACGGCGGUGCGCUGCACCACGCGGCGCCGCACCACGGUGGUCCGGCGCGGCUCGGUCAGCAGCAGCACCUGGGCCAGCAGCAGCACCUGGGGCAGCAGCACGCCAGCCAGCAGCAGCACAUGGGACAGCAGCAUACCAGUCAGCAGCAACACCUGGGACAGUCCCACGCGAGCCAGCAGCAGCACGUCAGCCAGUCGCAUCUCAGCCAAUCGCACCAGGUGCAGCAGCAUUCCAGCCAGCAGCACCCGAUCCAACAGCACAGCAGCCAGCAGCAUUCGAACCCGCACGCGUCCACCGGCGCGCGCUACGACCCUCUCAAGCAUCAGCGCGUCUACGACAAGGGCCUGUACGCCGACAUGAUGAAGGAGAAGCACGAGAAGACCGUUUACAACGAGCGCAUGCGCGAGGCGCACUCGGACUCAAGCGUGCUGGGGCUGCACGUGCACGGCCGACGCACGCCGCCUGCCGGCUUCCCGCCGCCGCCGCCGCCGGUGAGCGUGCCCCCGCCGAUGGCGCCACAGCAGAUCUUGCCGCCGCCGGCCGGCUACCAGAACCAGCCGGCCAAGAAGCCGCCGAGCCCAGUGCCGCCGCCGCUGGCGCAGCCGCAGGCCGGCCCUAUCCCAGGCAAGGUGGGCCGCGCGCCCACCCCCAACCGGCGUAAGACAAAAGCGGCGCCGCUAGAGGUCUGCGUAUACCUGAUGUCGCAGCAGGCCGUCCGCCUGGAGGCGGAUGACGGCGCCGAGCUGACGGCCUCGCAGCUCCAGCAGUGCGUCAUGGAGGAGGAGGACUUGGGCCUGCCGCCCAUGGCUUCGCAGGUCUUCAGCAUCUGGAUGACCUCGCCACAGCUAGAGAUACAGCUCAAGCCGCAUCACAAGCCUUUCCACAUCCGCCGGGAAUGGCGCGCGCUGCUCCGGAAAUACUCGUCAGCAGAGCAGGACGAAAUCAUCAGGGACGAACCGAUCGUCUCCUUCCAGCGCAGCGUGUUCUUCUCGAAAAAGGAUGAAAUGAAAAUCCGCGACCCGCGCGUGCUUGAACUGCUGUACGAGGAGGCCCGGUUCAACAUCCUGGAGGGUCGCUACCCGUGUGAGGCGAGCGACUACGACAUGCUGGCCGGCCUGCAGGCGCGCCUGGAGCUCGGCGCGUUCGACGCCGACGUCCACACGCCCGACUUCUUCAGGUCACACAUCGCCGAGUACCUCCCGGACCACAUGAUCAGCCACAGCUGGUCGCUGAUCAACAGGAUCGGCGGCAAGACCAGCACCGAGGCGCGCAUCAUCGAGCAGCUGCGGAGCAUACCGAGCGGCGCCACUAGGCGCAAGCUGGUGCGCAAGUACCUUGAGUUCUGCUGGUCGCUGCCCUACUACGGCAGCGCCUUCUUCCACGCCCAGGUGGAGAAGCCGGCCCGGUCGCUCGUCUCCGUCUUCUACCGGCCGGACGUGCCUGUGCUGGUCUCCGUCAACGGCCACGGAGUUUACGUCAUUGACAAGGGCGCACGGACGGUGCUGCUGGGUCUCAGCUACGACGAGCUGGCCUGGGACUUCGCCAGGCCGUGCCAGGAGAGCAUCCCCGACUGCAUGCCCUGCAUCUUCUUGCAGUUCCAGGCGGUCGAAUACGGCAUGCGCGUGUCCAAGGUCCUGCAGGUGUUCUCCAAGCAGUCGGCGCUGAUGGAUGCGCUGAUCGCGUCCUGCGUAGAGGAGAUCAAGCAGCGAACGCUGCGCUACGGCGACGAGAUCGACGCGCAGCUGUAUGACGCGGCCGACGUGGACGACGCGCUGGUGCCACUGACGACCGUCACGCGCCGCGAAAUGCCCGACAGCUGCCUCAGCAACAAGCUGCAGCGUCUGACUCUGGCCACCUUCAACGAGGACGGCGAGUGCAUCAAGAAGAUGGGCUCGUGGUCCUUCAGCAAGUAGAUGGGCUCAUGGUCCUUCGGCAAGUAGAUGGGCUCGUGGUCCUUCAGCAAGUAGACGGCUGGACGGGCGAGCCCCGUGGUGGUCGCCGCGGGCUCGGCGAUGGAACGGAGGCGUCACGACUGGUGGCGGUGGUGAUCACAGCCGUCGAACCUCCGGUGCUCUCUGGCCCGGCAGAAUAGUCUGAUCGGUGUUCGUGGCCUGGCCGAGCGGACUGCGCUGGUGGCGGAGUGGGCCGACGUCUAGUGAUAUUUGCCUAACACGUGACGUCAUUGGUGCGUGGCCGAUCAGGGUUGCCGUCGUCGACUCUGUGUUGGAUGAGACAGCUGCUGGGUUGCGCACUGCGUCGUUUGGGGUGAAGUGCCAGCGAACUCCGGAGUGGAGCAUGCUUAUGUCAGGUCGGCAUUUCGUGGUGACUAAACGAAACCUACGAGUCGGUUCUGGAGAGUGGUGUAUCGCAUCGUUUUGUUUGCUGUGGUGCAAAUUCUCAGAAGCUGCUUGUUCUCCAAGAUAGAACGAGUCAAAAACACGCUUUGCAUUGUUGGAGUGGUUUUGCUGCCAGUUUUCCCCACGUUGAUGAGAUGAUGUUACUCACGUUAGUUGGGAUCUUCAGGUUUGUUCAAGUAUUUAUCACGUGUAACGUGGCCAUCACAAAAUCAGAUACGUGCAUCCAGAUGUUGAUUGCAUAACGAUUACUGAUUCAUUGCCGGUGAGGACGGCAGCUUUGUCUUUGCUCAAACAUUGCACAUAAUUGUCAUUUUGACCUGUAGGAUUGUUGGUGAAUUCCCGUAUCGAAGUCGGACGACGUGAAGAAACUUGAGUAAGUAGUAAAUGCUUGGUGUGAGAACAAAACGAUUAGCUUCACACACGCCGGUGGUCAAAGCUGGAAAUGCGUGCAAUCAUUUUGCGGUCAUCUGUGACAGUCAUUCGCAGCAUUCCUUUCCGCAUGGAACGUCGAAUUCAAACGAUGCUGUUUAGAAUAGGGGAAUUAUUAUCGAGUCUGUUCUGCUGCAGGAAUUUGUGGCAUGCGUUGCUUACUUGUCAUUGUCGCCAUACACUUGAUAUCGAUCGAAAGGUUUUCAGUGACGAGAUGAAAGGCAUGGUCAGCAAUGAAAGACCCGUCACUCUGAGUGCUGGUCCUUCAGCGCGCGAAGCAAGGUGCGUAUUUAUCUCUGCCAUAACACUGGUGAGUUGCGUUAUUGAAUAUGACUGCACCAAGUGUACCCCAGGCUGAAGAAAAAGCGUAUUUCA